AUGAGAGAUGGACUGUUAGUAGACCAGGAUCCUUCAUUUGAUAACGCUGAUAAGGUCAAUGGAACACAAACUCUUAGAAGAACAAAGCGUUUUUUGUCCUAUCCUCGUUAUGUUGAAGUGAUGGUGGUUGCUGACAACAGGAUGGUGGAGUAUCAUGGGGCUAAUCUCCAGCAUUAUGUUUUAACACUCAUGUCUAUAGUAGCCUCUAUCUAUAAAGACCCAAGCAUUGGUAAUUUAAUCAAUAUCGCCAUAGUAAAGAUAGCUGUCGUCCAUGAUGAACAGGAGGGUCCAUCCAUUUCUUAUAAUGCUCAAACUACACUAAAAAACUUCUGCAUAUGGCAACAAUCCCAGAACCACCCCGAUGACAGCCAUCACUCACAUCACGACACAGCGGUACUCAUCACAAGACAGGAUAUUUGCAGAGCCCAUGAGAAAUGUGAUACAUUAGGCCUAGCAGAGCUGGGUACAGUAUGUGACCCAUACAGGAGCUGUUCCAUAAGUGAAGACAACGGACUGAGCACAGCAUUUACAAUAGCACAUGAGCUUGGACACGUAUUUAACAUGCCACACGAUGAUAGUAAUAAAUGUAAGGAGGAGGGUGGCAAAAAUCAGCAAAAUGUUAUGGCUCCAACCCUCAAUUUUUACACCAACCCCUGGAUGUGGUCAAAGUGCAGCCGAAAGUAUAUAACGCAAUUUCUGGACACAGGUUAUGGGGAAUGUCUGCUUGAUGAACCUGUCUCAAGAGCGUACUCUUUACCUCAACAAAUGCCUGGCGUCCUAUACAAUGUCAACAAGCAAUGUGAGUUAAUAUUUGGACCGGGAUCGCAAGUUUGCCCAUAUAUGAUGCAGUGCCGGAGACUGUGGUGCAUUAAUAUGGAGGGGCCACACAAGGGCUGCCGAACACAGCACACACCAUGGGCAGACGGGACGGAAUGUGAGCCGGGAAAGCACUGCAGGUAUGGCGUGUGUAUCCCGAAAGAGCGCGAUUCCUCCGUUAUUGAUGGCUCCUGGGGGUCAUGGAGCCCUUUCGGGGCUUGUUCCAGAUCUUGCAGCGGGGGAAUUAAAACUGCCAUCCGGGAGUGCAACAGACCAGAGCCAAGAAAUGGCGGCAAAUACUGCGUGGGGCGCCGAAUGAAAUUUAAAUCCUGCAACACUGAACAAUGUACUAAGCAAAAGAGGGACUUUCGUGAAGAACAGUGUGCUGACUUUGAUGGAAAACAUUUUAAUAUCAAUGGUCUACCUCCGAACGUCCGCUGGGUGCCAAAGUACAGCGGAAUUCUAAUGAAGGAUCGCUGUAAACUGUUUUGCCGCGUGGCAGGAAGCACAGCCUAUUAUCAGCUCAGGGACAGAGUAGUGGAUGGGACGUCAUGCGGACCAGACACAAAUGACAUCUGCGUGCAAGGACUGUGUCGGCAAGCUGGUUGUGAUCAUGUCCUAAACUCAAAAGCCAGAAGAGAUAAGUGUGGAGUUUGUGGUGGAGACAAUUCAUCCUGUAAAACCAUAGCUGGAACAUAUAAUAUAGUACAUUAUGGCUACAAUACUGUGGUGCGUAUUCCGGCCGGUGCUACCAACAUCGAUGUGCGGCAGCACAGCUACUCAGGAAAACCGGAAGAUGAUAACUACCUUGCUUUGGCAAACAGCCGUGGAGAAUUCCUUCUCAACGGAAACUUUGUGGUCAAUAUGUUCAAAAGGGAAAUCAAAGUGGGGAACGCAGUCAUUGAAUACAGUGGUUCUGACCACACCAUUGAAAGAAUUAAUUGUACCGAUCGGAUUGACCAAGAAAUUAUCAUUCAGAUAUUAUCGGUCGGCAAUUUAUAUAACCCAGAUGUCCGAUAUACUUUCAAUAUCCCUAUUGAAGAUAAACCUCAGCUUUUCUAUUGGAACCCAUAUGGACCUUGGCAAGCAUGCAGUAAAAUCUGCCAAGGAGAAAGGAAAAGGAAGCCUAUUUGUACCAGAGACUCAGAGCAAUUAGUGGUCUCAGACCAAAGAUGUGAUCGAAUUCCUCAGCCUGAGCUGGUAACUGAGCCCUGUAACACUGACUGUGAAUUGAGGUGGCAAGUGGCCAGAAAGAGUGAGUGCAGUGCCCAAUGUGGCCCCGGCUACCGCACACUUGAUUUCUACUGUACCAAAUACAUCAAGUCCGAGGGAAAGAUGGAUAAGGUAGAUGACCGGUUUUGUGGCAGUCUACAAAAGCCCAACACCAAGGAGAAAUGUUAUGAGGAUUGCAACACUGGAGGAUGGAGCUACUCAGCCUGGUCAGAAUGCUCUAAGAGUUGUGGCACAGGUUCGAGGAGGAGGAGAGCUGUGUGUGUAAAUUCUUUCCGCGAAGUUCUGGACGACUCGAAAUGUAACCACCAGGAAAAGUUAACAGAGCAACGUUGCAGCGAUGUCCAGUGUCCGCAAUGGAAGACAGGUGACUGGUCUGAUUGCCUUGUGACUUGUGGGAAGGGACAUAAACACCGGCAGACAUGGUGUCAAUUUGGUGAAACGCUAGUAAAUGACCGAGUCUGCGAUCCAGAGACAAAGCCGAUUUCGGUUCAAUCUUGCCAGCAACAAGAAUGUGCAUCAUGGCAGGUUGGACCAUGGGGACAGUGUACAGCGGCGUGUGGCACAGGUUAUCAGAUGAGAGCUGUGAAAUGCGUUGUCGGUGCUUAUGGGGCUGUGGUGGAUGACAGCGAAUGCAAUGCAGCCACUCGACCUACUGACACUCAGGACUGUGAAACAGCUGCAUGCCCAGGCAUUCCUGAAACCAAGCAGAUUGCCCACAGCAAGACACAGUGGAGAUUUGGAUCGUGGACACCUUGCUCAGCAACUUGUGGAAAGGGGACUAGGAUGAGGUAUGUCAGUUGCCGUGAUGAUCAAGGAUCAGUAGCAGAUGAAUCAGCCUGUUUCACACCUUCCAAAGCCAUCCGCCACUGA